AUGGCAUCAAAAAAAGCAGUUGCAGUAAUUAUUGGCGUUGGUCCUGGGUUAGGAGCAUCAUUAGCUAAACGAUUUGCAGCUGGUGGCUAUUCUAUUGGUCUUAUUGCACGAAAAGAAAGUAGUUUACAACCUGUGCAAAGUGAACUUGAACAGAGCGGGCAUACAGCCAUGAGUGUAACGGCUGACGCUGGCGAUGCAGCAUCAAUAAAAAAUGCGAUUGAUACGAUUCGAAAAAAAUUCGAUAAUGAUCCUGAAGUAUUAUUGUACAAUGCCAGCGGAUUUUUUUACGGAGGUAUUUUGGAUUUGAAACCUGAAGUACUUCAAGCAGCACUAAACACGACUGUUAUCGGCGCUUUAGCUGCCAGCCAAGAAGUUCUUCCAGGCAUGAUCAAGAAUGGAAAAGGAACCAUAUUGUUUACUGGUGCCACUGCUAGUCUUCGGGGUUCAGCCAACUUUGCUGGCUUCGCUAUAUCAAAAUUUGGAUUACGCGCACUAGGUCAAUCCAUGGCUCGUGAACUUGGUCCACAAGGUAUUCAUGUUGCUCAUAUAGUUAUUGACGGUGGGAUUCACUCACCCAAUCAAGCUGAAAGUCAGCCUGACAAGGAUAUUGAUUCAUUUCUUAAUAGUGAUGCGAUUGCUGAGACAUAUUGGCAAUUACAUAUUCAACCUCGUUCAACAUGGACACAAGAACUUGAUCUUCGUCCUUCAGUGGAGCAAUUUUAA